AUGCUCAAAUCACAAGUGGCCGGGAAUGCUUACAUGAACUACUCACAACAAUUCCUGGAAAACAAAGCGCAAGACAAUUCGGAAACUAUGAGCGCAUCCCACGAAGAAUCGGAAGAGUCGAACGUCAACUUCAUCACUUUUAACCAAGAUGCUACAUGUGUUGCUGUGGGUCUCAGUACGGGCUACAAAAUCUACACAUUUCUGCCCAAGUUUCUCAAAUGCUAUGACAUAAAAAAAAAUGAGUCGGUGGGUAUUUUGGAGAUGCUCUAUUCUACUUCAUUAAUGGCCAUUGUGCCCCUUGGGGAGGAGCCAGGGUCUCUGCCUCGCAAGUUGAAAAUCGUCAAUACAAAACGAGGAACAACGAUAUGUGAUUUGAUCUUCCCUUCCACUGUUUUGCUGGUCAAACUCAGCAGACACAGAAUGGUUGUUGUCUUGGAGGAACAAAUUUACAUUUAUGAUAUUGCCACCAUGAAACUUCUUCACACUAUCGAGACGAGCCCCAACGUAAGUGGCUUGUGCACUUUAUCAGAUGCGGCUUUGGAUGAAUCUGGAAACACUCUUUUGGCUUACCCAUCGCCACCGAAAACAAUAACCCACGACUCCCUUCUUGUGACAGGAAUCAACACCAACGGCGGACUAAAUUCAGUACAGAAUAAUAUCCAGUCUGUGAGUAAUGCUCCAAAUAGAGUUGGCGAUGUUAUCAUAUUUGAUAUGAAGUCACUACAACCCUUGGCUGUGAUCGAAGCCCACAAAUCAGCCUUGGCGGCAAUGUGCUUAUCUAGCGACGGGAAGUUGCUUGCUACAGCUUCAGAUAAGGGAACUAUAGUGAGGGUAUUCAAUGUGGAAACCGGAGUGAAAAUGUUCCAAUUUAGAAGGGGAACCUAUCCUACUACGAUUUAUUCUCUAAACUUCAGCAAGGGCAACAAUUAUGUAAUUGCAACGAGCUCAAGUGGAACCGUCCAUAUUUUCAGAUUGGGUGAGGAGGAACUACUAGCCAAUAAGCAAAGACACAUCAGAAAUUCAACACCCAGAAAACCGAAAGUAAGUCCAGGGUAUAGCACUAUUGAUGAGGAAGCGGAAGAAGUUAGUGAGGCGCCCAAAAAUGGUGAUGAUGAUGAUGCAGAGUCCAUUGAAGAUGACAGCGACAGCGAUGCAGACGGUGAGGAGGUAGUUGAUGGAGAUCCAGAGGGAUUCGGAGUUCCUAGCAAGCAGAGAAAAUUGUCGCAAGGAUCAUCGAGCUCGUUCAACAGCACCUCCUCCACAGGAUUAGAAGAACAUAGGACCGAACCAAUUAUCGACCAAAAUAGGUUGUCCGUGGCACGUCUUAUUCGUCGCUCUUCUCAGACAUUGGGGCGAAAAGCGGCACAGAAAAUGGGAGACUUUCUCCCUUCCAGGUUUUCCUCGAUACUAGAGCCAACCCGUAACUUUGCGUCUUUGAAAAUACAAACCAACAACAAGGACGUCAAGUCAAUUGCGAUCAUGAGCACUGAGCUUUUUGAGGAUAUGGUACCCCAGAACAUUUUAUUGCCAAGGGAACAAGCUCAAGAUAACGGUCUUCUUCCAGUGAAAUCUUCGUCAUCUAGCAAUUCGGGAAAGGAUGUUCUCGCGGUGAAUCUUAUUCACAUAAAUGUUGUUACAUCCGAGGGUUAUUUCUAUACAUAUGGGUUGGAUCCUGAACGGGGCGGCGACUGCAUUCUUUUACACCAGUAUUCGCUUCUUGAUGAUUGA